AUGCUCAUCUCGAGGUACCUCUCCCUUCUCGUGCUGCCGGUGGCGGUCACUUCGACCUUGUCGGUCAAUCACGAUGACCUAUCCGUGGUCCAGGUAUCCGGUGUCACGCAAGAUGAACUGCACUUCCUCAUGGUUCGAGCACUUGAUCUAGGUGACAUCGUCGAUAAUAUCAAAGGGCUUAUCCAGCCGAUCCUGGAUCUGUUGAAGCCGCAGUCCCUCGACAACAUCAAUUCCAUCAUUACCCAUCUUGCAUCACUCCUGGGGGAUGGAGGUGCCGACGACACCAAGAAGCUUGUCGGUACCAUCUCCGACUUGUUGAAUUCCGAUGCAGUUCAGGAUCUUCAGGAGCAGCUUGGGCCGCUGCUGCCGACGCUGCUUGACCUACUCAACUCGGACGUGAUUGACAAGAUCAAGACUCUUCUCGAUAAUGCCAGUAUCCUGUUAACACACGAUACUGCUGUCCAGAUACGUGACUUGGUUAAUAGCAUCGCUCCGCUCUUCGACUACAUAAUGCAGAUCAUAGAAUACCUCCUCAAUCUACUCUUCGGUGAUAGCAGCAGCGGUGGCAGCGGUGGCGGUAGUAGUGAUGGCGGCAAUGGAGGUACUGCAACAAAUUCUUCACCAACAGCGACGCAGACAGGAAGUUCAGGCGAAGACUCUAGCUCUUCAGACUCUGGCUUUGACUUUGACCUAGAUCUCGGCUCCUCUUCAAACGACGAUGAUGCCUCAUCGACUAGUUCUGCCUCCGCUACUGGGGUAUCCGGCUCGGGAUCGAACUCUGGCCUUGACUCGUCCUCCUCCUCGGACGGGGAUGAUGGAAGUUCCAGCUCUGGCUCUGGCUCUGGUUCCGGCUCGUCUUCAUCUUCGACCUCUUCGGACUCUGAGUCGGACUCCAGCAGCUCUGAUCCUGGAGGGACUACAACUGGACCCAAUGACCCAGGCUUCACAGGGGCAGCGAGUAAGCUUAGCCAGUAUGGUGUAUCCGGUGCUCUUGGCGCGUUAGUUGCGAUUUUUGUGAUUUAA